UUCCGGUCUCUGUUUGUUAUGUUUUGCUUCCGGUCCGUGUUGAUUCAUUCACUCCGUGAUCGAUCCGAUCAGAAAACAAACAGUUAAUAAUAAACCGGUCCUUCGUUUGACCAAUCACAAAGGGCAACGCCCUCUGACGUCACCGCCGGUCUCCAGUUAAAAGAACAGAACCUGGUCAGAGUCUGAAGACCAUCAGAGAGCUGCAGCCCGACUAUGCUGUGUGUAGUGGUGUGUGUGUUGGGGCUCUCUGGUCUCGUUCACACCGGUCCAUCGGUCCUGAGACGCUCUGAUGACCCGCACCAGGACCUGGACCCUGAAGUGCACAUGAACAUCACAGAGAUCAUCCGCUGGUGGGGUUUCCCUGCAGAGGAGCACGAGGUCCUGACGGAGGACGACUACAUCCUGACGGUGAACCGGAUCCCACAUGGACUCAAACAGACGGCCGGGUCCGGAGGUCCGAGGCCGGUGGUCUUCCUCCAGCACGGCCUCUUGGCCGCGGGCAGCAACUGGGUCACCAACCUGCCGGACUCCAGUCUGGGCUUCGUGCUCGCCGACGCCGGCUACGACGUCUGGAUCGGAAACAGCCGAGGAAACACCUGGUCCAGGAGGCACCGGACCCUCAGACCAGACCAGGAGGACUUCUGGAGGUUCAGUUAUGAUGAAAUGGCUCUGAAGGAUCUACCAGCUGUUGUAAACCACAUCCUGAAGGUGACGGGUCAGGACCAGAUCUACUACAUCGGACACUCUCAGGGAACCACUAUAGCAUUCAUAGCGUUCUCCACACUGCCAGAACUGGCCAGUAAGAUCAAGCUGUUCAUCGGUUUGGCUCCGGUAGCUACCGUCAGCUUCACCACCAGCGCCAUGACCAAACUGUCCGACCUCCCCGACUGCCUCAUCUGGGACGUGUUUGGGAGGCGGGACUUCCUGCCUCAGAGUCACAUGAUUGAGUGGUUUGCGGAGCACGUGUGUGCGAAGCAGCUGCUCAGCAAGUUGUGCGGGAACCUUUUCUUCAUCCUCUGCGGCUUCGAUGAAAAAAACCUCAACAUGACUCGGAUUCCAGUCUACACUGAACACUGUCCUGCUGGGACCUCAGUCCAGAACAUGGUCCACUGGUCCCAGGCCGUUCACGGAGGGAAGCUAAGUGCUUUCGACUUUGGAGCUGCAGAAAACAUGAAACACUACAACCAGUCCACUCCCCCUCUGUACCGCGUCCAGGACAUGAAGGUUCCUACUGCUCUGUUUUCGGGGGGACACGAUACGCUAGCAGACCCCAAAGACAUGGCCGUCCUCCUUACUCAGGUGUCCAACCUGGUCUUCCAUCAGAACAUUGAACACUGGAAUCAUCUGGAUUUUAUUUGGGGUCUUGAUGCUCCUCAACAGAUGUUUCCCUCCAUCCUGAUGCUGCUACAGAAAUACCAGUAGAGUGUGUGUGUGUGUGUGUGUGUGUGUGUGUGUGCACACUGAUGGUGAACAUGGUUCCUGUAUAAUCUGAACACUCACUAUUAUUUCUCAUUAAAGCACAAUGUGACCAGA